AUGUUGGGAAAAAAACAAAAGCAGAAGCAAGUACCACACCCAAAGCAGCAGGUACAACUCCCUGUCCGGCCGGAGCCUGAACGACUGACGUGCCCACGUUGCGAGUCCACCGACACAAAGUUCUGCUACUUCAACAAUUACCAUUAUACUCAGCCGCGCCAUUUUUGCAAGACCUGCAAGAGGUACUGGACCAGGGGCGGCAACCUCCGCAACAUCCCCGUCGGCGGCACCCCCAAGAAGGCCUCCAAGCGCCCCGCCGCUGCCGCAUCCUCCGGCAAGCGCCAGGCGCCUGCGGCGCCGCCGGAAGCCGGAGACGCCGGCGGAGGAGGUGGGAUCGGGGUCGCGGCGGCCAUGAGGGUCCCGCCGCCGCCGCCGCCGGAGAGGAUGUUCGGGAGCGCCGGCGGGAGCCUCGCGUCGGUGGUGGCCGGCGCCGUCGGGUUCGGCGGAGGGAGGCAGAUGGGGGACUGGGGCGCGGGCCCGAGCGGUGAUGUUCCGGUGGAGUUUCUGGAGGUGGGCUACGAGGACGACGGCGUGUGGUUUGAUGGCGGAGGGUGGCCGGAUCUCUCUAUGUACCCGCCGGGGUCGAAUUAUAUGUGA